AUGAAAGCGGGAGUGGGCGCCCCAGCCCCCCGGAACCCAGCCGGGGAGGUCGGGACCCCCGAGGGGACGGAGGGGGCGGACGCCUCAUCGACGGGAACGGCCCCCGUCGCGGCCGGGGCCGCGGAGGCUCCCGCCGGGACCCCGGCCGCCACGUCAGGCCCCGGUGACCCCGGGGUCAAAGGCGGGCACUGCGUGUUCGUGGAGCCGGCGGGCGGGCCCCGCCCCGAGGCCGAGUACCCCGAGGACGUGUUCAGCGUGGAGGAGCGGCGGCGGGGGUGGGUCCUGCUGCACGUGUCGGGCAUGGCGUACGUGUUCGUCGCCCUGGCCAUCGUGUGCGACGAGUACUUCGUGCCCGCCCUGGGCGUCAUCACCGCCAAGCUGGAGAUCUCGGAGGACGUGGCCGGGGCCACCUUCAUGGCGGCCGGGGGGUCCGCCCCCGAGCUCUUCACCUCCCUCAUCGGGGUCUUCAUCUCCCACAGCAACGUGGGCGUCGGCACCAUCGUGGGCUCGGCCGUCUUCAACAUCCUCUUCGUCAUCGGCACGUGCGCCCUCUGCUCCCGGGAGAUCCUCCGCCUGACCUGGUGGCCCCUCUUCAGAGACGUCUCCUUCUACAUCCUGGACCUGCUGAUGCUCAUCGCCUUCUUCUCGGACGGCACCGUGGCCUGGUGGGAGAGCCUCCUCCUGCUCGCCGCCUACGCCCUCUACGUCUUCGCCAUGAAGUGGAACCGCCCGCUGGAGGCCUGGGUCAAGGGUCGGGUCGGCCGGAGGACGGCGGCCGCCUCCGUCCCCGCAGCGGGAGACGCCCCUCAGGUGGGCAGCAGCGCCGUAGCUGUGAACGAGCCGGAAGACAACGGGAAGCUGAAGCUCCCGUCCCUGCUGGUCCGGGGAAGCAGCUCGGCCUCGCUGCACAACGGCACGCUCCGCGGCACCAUCUUUCAGCUCAUGAUCCACACCUUGGACCCCCUGGGAGAAGGCCAGGUCGGGGACAAGGCAGAGGUUCUGAGCGGCCUGGCCAAGGGCCAAACCGACACCGAGGUCAAAAAGGGAAGCCGACCCUCAGUGGCGGAGCCGGAGGCCUCGUCUCAGGAGCCCCCCGACGCAACGUCCUCCGACCCCCGGACCCAGAGGGACCUCGAGGAGACCCCCGGCCUCCAGGAGGCGGGGGGCGGGGACGCGGGACCUCCGGAGGGGGCGGAAGCCACAGGCCAAGACCGCGAUCCCGGAGACGGAGGGGACGACGGCGGAGGGGACGAGGGCGGUGAGGAGGACGACGACGAAGACGACGACGACGAGGAGGGAGAGGAGGACGAGGAGGAGGAGAACGAGGAGCCCCUGUCCCUGGAGUGGCCUGAAACCAGAAGGAAACGGGCCAUUUACCUCUUCCUCCUCCCCAUCGUGUUUCCCCUGUGGCUGACCGUGCCGGAUGUCAGGAGGCCGGAGUCGAAGAAGUUCUUCGCCUUGACCUUCCUGGGCUCCAUCACGUGGAUAGCCAUGUUCUCCUACCUGGUGGUGUGGUGGGCUCACCAGGUCGGAGAAACCAUCGGCAUCUCCGAAGAGAUCAUGGGGCUGAGCAUCCUGGCCGCCGGCACCUCCAUCCCCGACCUCAUCACCAGCGUCAUCGUGGCCAGGAAAGGGCUCGGGGACAUGGCCGUGUCCAGCUCCGUGGGCAGCAACAUAUUUGACAUCACCGUGGGCCUGCCGGUUCCGUGGUUCCUGUACUCGCUCUUCAACGGGCUGCGGCCGGUGGCCGUGAGCAGCAACGGUCUGUUCUGCGCCAUCGUCCUGCUCUUCCUCAUGCUCCUCUUCGUCAUCACGUCCAUCGCCUCGUGCAAGUGGAAAAUGAACAAGCUCCUGGGCUUCACCAUGUUCGUCCUUUACUUCGUGUUCCUGGUCAUCAGCGUGAUGCUGGAGGAUCGGCUCAUCUCCUGCCCCGUCUCCGUGUGAGGCCCCCGGGGCCCGGGGAGGGGGAAGGCGGGCUGGGA